AUGAAGUCGGCUAUCGUAUUAAAUCUAAGCGUCGUUCUAAUUCUAAAGUUCCAAAGUGUUAUUGGUGCAACAACAACGACAACAAGUGCCGAUCGCAUACGAAGUGCCGGCUACGUUAGUGAAAAUCAUGAAAUCCGCACCAAAGAUGGUUACAUCAUUACAAUAUUUCGCAUAAGAAAUUCGACAAAUGAUGUUUCUAGGCGCCCAGUGGUUUUAAUGUGGCAUGGUUUGUUAACCUCUUCGGAAUGUUGGGUGAUACGAGGAUUAACCGACACAUUGGCAUAUGAUUUGGUGGAUAGUGGCUAUGAUGUUUGGUUGGGUAAUGCUCGUGGUAAUACCUAUGGUAAACGUCAUGUUAGCCUCUCACCAGAUGAUCCGAAAUUUUGGCGUUUUUCAUGGCAUGAAAUAGCCAUGAACGAUUUACCACAAACUAUCGAUUAUAUAUUGGAGGAGACCCAGCAAACGUCUUUACAUUAUGUUGGCCAUUCUCAGGGUACAACAAUAAUGUUUGUUUUACUCUCAAUGCAACCGGAAUAUAAUGCGAAGUUUAAGACCUCACAUAUGUUGGCACCUGUGAUAUUUUGUAAAUAUAUUCGGGCAUUGCUGUUUGAGCUACUGGCAGUGGUGGUGGGUUCAUAUUCACCAUUGGAUCCAUUGUUGGGCGAUUCUGCUCUCUUUCAACAACCAAUUUUGCGACAAAUAUUCGCGGUGGAUAAAUGCCGUGAAAUAAUUAACAGCGAUCCAUCAGCCAGUCCGGAGCUGUGUAGACGUGUGGUGUUCCUUAUAUUCGGUGGAUAUUCGGCGUAUUUUAAAAGUUUCCUUCUGCAGGAAGCCUACAAUACACAUCCUUCAACAGCUUCCACCCAUCAGGCUAUACACUAUAUACAACAAAAAGUCUCCGGAUAUUUUCGUCAAUAUGAUUUUGGUGUAGAAGGCAAUAUGGCACGUUACAAUCAGUCAACACCACCCGAUUACAAUUUGGCCAAUGUUAACACCAGAUUCCCAAUACAUUUAUAUUAUAGUGAUUAUGAUGAAUUAUCAACGAGGAGGGAUAUUGAAAAAUUAACCGGCAUCAUGGGCAGUCGAAGUGUAGAACAUUUUAUACCAUUGAAAAAUUUCGCUCACAUAGAUUUUCUGUGGGCCACCAACGUUAAGGAGGUCCAGAAUAAUCGUAUUUUGCAAAUAAUGAAUGAUGCUGAAGUGGCGCUGGAAAACGAGACGGGGCCUUAA